CUUCUGGCUUCGGGUUUGGUUACGAACCAUUCGUCCAACAUAGAUGUGAAGUCUCUGAUUGUAUCUUGUUUGAUAACGCAACAUUGUCCGCAUGGCAGCCUCUCGAAAGCUACGACGCCAUUAUUGUGCACAUGCACGAAUUGAGUCGCCUACUACCAUGCCUAUCGACGUCUACGUCCUGGGAAAUAUUUUCAAUUGGACUAUGACUUACAGACUUAAUUCAGACGUAAAAUUGCUCUACGGACGCAUUGAAGCUGGACCAACAGCUCCAAAGACAACUGAAGAAACAUUCAAGAUGAUUGAGCGAAUGCGGCUACCUUUGGCCAAAAACUACGUCGCCAAUAAAACCAGAUUAGUGGCUUGGAUGUCAUCGCAUUGUGAUACACACGGUUUGAGAGAAACCUACGUCCGGCAACUGCAGAAAUUUAUUCCAGUUGACGUCUAUGGCGGAUGCGGCAAUUUUACUUGCCCACGAAACGAUAAUCACUGGCUAUCUUAUCCGGAGUGCUACACCAUGCUCGAAGAGAAAUAUAAAUUCUAUUUAUCAUUCGAAAAUUCCAUAUGCACUGAUUAUGCCACGGAAAAGUUUUUCGAGAUUAUAAAACGUAACAUUGUACCAAUUGUAUACGGAGGAGCUAAUUAUAGUCACAUCGCACCUCAUCAUUCAGUCAUCAACGCACUCGAUUUCACACCGGAGAAACUGGCUGAAUUCUUGAAAAUAGUUGAUGCUAAUGACACCAUUUAUAACGAAUACUUUUGGUGGAAAGGUCAUUAUCAAGUGGAAGCUGGCAUCGAUCAAAUGACUGGCCAUGCGUUCUGCGAUUUGUGCAAAAAACUUCAUGUGGAGCAUGACGUAACGAAGUACUAUCCACAAGUCGAAACAGAGUGGCACGCUGAAAAGCAUUGCAAGCAAGUUGUUUCGUGGGAGACGAAUCAAUCAUCAGCCAUCUUGUCAACAACACAACAUUCAUCAACAAUUGGAUACUGA